UAAAAAUAAAAAUGUAGCUUUGGUUCUUCUGCAAUAUUGAUUAUCUAUUUACCAACCUUGCACAUUUAAUUUCUAGUUAAGAAGAAAUUGCAGAUUCAAAUACGACACAUGUACUAAUUAAGUGUAUGCCGUCUCCAAAUAGACAUGUUAAUUCCCAGAAAACUGUUUAUCUAUAUAUAAUUGCGAGUCAAAUAAUUCAUUGGACUAAUUUGCCAAUUUGGGUGGUGAUCAUGAGAGAGUGGAAAACUGAGGAAAAAAAGAAAGAAAAUGCCUACUUAGAGAUUUAAGGUAUGUAGUAGCUCAACCUGUCUUAUCUAUAUUUUUGCCGUCUUAAUUAUAAUAUGUCUAAAUUAUCAAAACUUUGAGACACUGUUAGAUCAACAACCAACCAUCCAAGUCAAACUUCCUUAAUAUUUAAACAUAAGUUUUCAUGCAAGUAUUCAAUACUAAAGAAAAUCAAGAACAAAAAAGAAUCAGACAUUGAUUAAAAAUGGAGAUAAUGAAUAAGUUUAUGAUGAUGAUCAUACUAUUGUCAUCUGGAUUAAUGGUGCAACAAGCUUUGGCUCAGAACAGGAACUUUAUAAACAGUUUAUUUCCAUGUAUGAAUUUUCUGAAUGGAUCAAGAGGGGAUCCACCAGAAAGUUGUUGCAAUCCAUUAAAGGAUAUGAUAAAAAACAUGCCUGAAUGUUUGUGUCAAAUGGUAAGUAUUAAAGGGAGCAAUGUAGCCGAGCAAUCUGGGAUUAACAUGAAUGAGGCGCAAAUGUUGCCUGCUAAAUGUGGACAGCCUGUUAAUUACAUGGGAUGUCUUAAAGGAGCAUCUAAUUCAGAUUCAAAUUCAGCUGGCUAUUCAAUACGGACUUCAAGCAUGACAAUAUUGCUGGCUGUUGCUUCUCUGAUUUUUGCUCAAGUUUUAUGAACUACAGAAAUACAGCCUUAAAGUUUGUGCUUUUCGGGCUGGGCUCUGUUGAUAUUCAUCAUUAUAUUUUAAGUACCUUUUUUGGAGUUAAUUGUUGAAUAUUUAGUUAAUAUAAAAUUUAUUUACUUUGCGUUUUUUGUUUUUCUCCAGCUAUAGUCAAUUCAUCACGUAAGCUACAUGUGUAUACUCUGGCUUUUAAUUUUUGCUGUUAUAUUAAAAUCUCCCUUUGUAUUAUCUAUCAU